CGAGGCCAGAACCAACACGGAAGUCGCUCUGUGGUCUUGACUGUCUGGUGCCCUGGCACUACGCUAAGGAAAAAAACUGUACUUCUAGUCAUUUUUACCCAUCUUUCAGACUUUGUUUGGAUCACUUAAACUUUUCAAUAGGACUUAUCGGACACCAUCAUGCUCUCACCGAGGUUCCUUCUGCUGCGGUCGGCUGCGUCCUUGACAACCAGGUCACUUUGCGCAGGGGGCGUGUCCAACAAGGGCAGGGCACCAGACAUGGCUGAAGGAGAUCCACUGUUACAUGUGUCAAACGUGCGAAACAGACUAAGAGAAAUUGUGGGAGCAUCCACCAACUGGAGUGACCAUCAGCAGGCAAUGGCAGAGCGCGUGUCGCUGUCGUCCAUGUUGGCAAAGUCUCAAAACGACCUCCCAGCUAAAGGGAUGAAGGACAGCUGCCUGGAGGUUCACCUGCCGCUCGGCUCUGAACCACAGCUCAGAGAGAAAUAUCUGACCUUCCACAACACUGUCAGGUUUGGUCGGAUCCUGGAGGACUUGGACAGUUUAGCUGUCCUCAUCUCGUACUCUCACACUUAUAAUCCCACCCUGAAGAGGUCUCCUUUGUCCAUCGUCACUGCCCUCGUGGAUAAAAUCGACAUGAGGCAGCACGUCAUCUAUCCUGACUGUGACAUCAAGUUCACCGGUCAUGUGACGUGGGUGGGAAGGACCUCGAUUGAAGCCAAAAUGCACAUGUCACAGUACUAUGAUGGAGCUUACUCUCCAGUGUUGGAUGCUACGUUCGUCAUGGUGGCGCGGGAUCCAGAAAAUAAGAGAGCAGCUUUUGUGAAUCCACUGAAACCCGAGGGUUCAGAGGAGGAGAAGAUUUUCCAGGAAGGAGAAGCCAACAAAUCUCGCCGUCAGGAACUGAGCACGGCGUCGUUGCUGAAAGUGGCUCCUACAGAUGAGGAGAGGAAGAUUGUACACAGUUUGUUCCUCAACACCCUGGACACAAAGACAGUCAGUUUCCGCAGCAGAGUUCUUCCUCCAAACUCGGUGUGGAUGGAAGAUGCCAAACUGAAAGGACUAGAGAUCUGCCACCCUCAGGAGAGGAACAUCUUCAACAGGAUAUUUGGAGGUUUCCUGAUGAGGAAGGCCUACGAGUUGGGCUGGGCCAACGCCUGCUCUUACGGAGGGUGUCGGCCCAGUCUGGUGGCGGUUGAUGAUAUCCUCUUCCAGAAACCUGUGGAGAUCGGCUCCCUGCUGCUGCUCUCAUCACAGGUGUGUUACACACAGGGAAAGUACAUUCAGGUUCGAGUUCAUAGCGAGGUGUUUGACCCCCUGACCCGCCAACACAACACCACCAACGUCUUCCACUUCACCUUUGUCUCUGACCGGGAUGUCCCAAGCAUCAUUCCAAUGACAUAUGGAGAGUCGAUGCUGUAUCUGGACGGGAAGAGACACUUUAAUCAGACCGUGGAGUCCUGAGAGCAGCUCGUCUGCAGCCCAACAAAGCCUUACAGUGUCUGACCCAGCUGAGUGAAUGAGUGAGAGAGAUUAUUCACACAGAAUGACUGCAGUUAGUACAGAUGUUUUUAUAUCACACCUCAUCUACUUUACACAGCUCACAUGUUUAAUAUUGUUUGGUCUGUUACUUUAUUCUGAGGGUUUACAUACGGUUGUAGGGACAAUGACUACAGAACAACAGCUUUUUUUUAUUCUUUUAUAACAUAUCUGCUCUUUAUUUUUCUGUUGUAUUUAGAGUUACUGUCGGCGUUUACAGCUGCAUGUCUUACUGAAGAAUAGACGAAAACGCCUCGCCUUACUUUACCUCAUAGUCUUUAUUCCUUUUCAAAGAUUGCAUGGCUUUACAGAAAUGUUACAUUUUUAUAUUCCACCGUCGCUUAUACGCACAAAAUUCUUUGACUUUUUUGAGUGAGGAACUUUAUUCUGAAUGUGUCAGACUGCUUUGAAAGGGAGAAGGAUUUCCUAAUGCUGUGUAUUUACUCCUAUGUAAUAAAAUAAUUCUUAUUUAUCUUGA